UCCCGCUUCACUUUCUACAAAUAUCUCUCAACUCUGCACAAUUUUCGGUUUUAAUUCUUUGCAAAUGGCAUAUCAAAAAUCAAGCUACGGCGAUCCAACGGCUCAGAACACGUCACAUUUCGCUAACUCAGGAGGUGCAGGAGUUUGUAUGAUGAGCAGCACAUGGAGAGAUGAACAGCACCCAUCAUUCAUCAAUUUUAUCUCUUCCUUCCUCGGUGCAAAUUCUUUCCGCCUCAAUUUUGUUCGAAUAGCUCCUGACUUAAUUUUUAACUGUGGAGGUUUGUCAGUCUCAUUCAUUUUCGUCACAAACUGGAACUGCAACAAUAUUGAGCCAGUCUUUGGCAGGGUGAAGAAACUAAAGGAGCAGUUUGCCCAUCUCUAUGUUGUUGUCAGUCUCCCAACUAGAGACCAAAAUGAUUCUUUUGUUCGCUCUUACUUCAAAUAUGAUAUGGACCUUGGCAGACCAACAUUUGUGCCAGUUCAAGACAUAGAGAUGGGUUUGGAAAAGAUUGUUAAAAUAGCUCACUCUCGUGGAGGUACAAUUGUUCUCUAUGAAGCUCACCUCAGUUUCUAUUCAGGUAGCUUAUUGAAUACCAUUUAUACUGCAGCAUGCAAGCAGCGAGAUGCUUUAUCAAAAAUGAAGGCUGAGAGAAAGCGGUCAGUGCAGCGAAUGGACAUCUUCCUUGAAGUGAUCACAUCCAUACCAUCUAUAGAUAAUCAUGAUGCAUAUGCGCUUAAUCAAGCUAUUGGCUCAAUUGAAGCAAUUGCUAAAGCAUCAAAGGAAUACAUUCUAGAGAACACGGACCUAUCAGCAGACAAGGCUGAAGCGAUAGUCAGGUUCUUCAGAGAUCCAAAGUUUUAUCUCAAUCCAAAAAUCAAUUAAUGCUUAGAACAUUUAUUAUCUCUAAUGAUUCUUUUAGCAGCUGGUGUUGCUAGUUUUGCCUGGUAUGUGCUGUGAGGAUUAUAGUGAUAUAUGAUUGCAGGUUAUUUGAUUGAAUACUUCCUUUAGAAAGUCUGUAGACAAAAGAAAAGAGGCUUUAGAUUUAGAAUUUAGAAUUUUUAUGUGAGACAUAGGUAAAAGUUUUCUAAAUGCUCCUAUUAUAUAUGCUUUUUAUUGAUAUCAAAAUAAAAUCAUUCUCAACCGUGUUAGGAAUUUCA